ACUGUUGUCAAAGGCAAAGACGAGCGAAAGACGAUAAAUAAUUUUUUAUUUUUACUUUAAUAACCGUGCUCGAAAUGAAAUUCUAUUGUCGAAAAAUGUUGGAAAGUGUGUUUGUGUGAAAAAAUAGUGUAAACACAUUGCCAUUGUUGCAGAAAUUAAAAUUGAAAGAAGCAAAUUGCUUGAAAGUAUUUCCAAUUGGAAAUUGUGCAAACAGGGUGUCUGUUUGCGUAUGAGUGUGUGUGCUUGUGCUAGUGACUGUGACUGUGUAUGUGCCAUCCUUAAUUUUUUCGCACAUAUGUAUGUAUGUACAUACAUAUGUAUGCAUGUGUAUGUAUGUAGCUGAACAUUUUUCUCUAAUAUACCAACAAUCGUGAGCGCGCGGACAGACACACAAGGCGAGCGAAGAGAGAGCAGAGCAAGCAGCACGGCGCACAGCCACAGCCACGGUACCCUUGCGAGAAAAGAACAACAACAACAAGCAACAAGAAGGGGGGAAGAGCGUUUUGUAACCACCGCAGCUGCAACCACGCGGCGCUGUCGACUUUACUCCUGCCAAUAACCAGAUCAUCAUAACAAUACACACACACAAAUAAGCACAUCACAUCACAUACACGCACACACACACGCACACACAAGACAACAGCACAAAGAAGAAGUGAGGCGAAGCUGAAGCAAUCAGCGCAAUGUUUACGGGUAAACUGCAGAUCAAGGUUUGCGAGGCAAGCGGCCUACGUCCAACAGAUUUUCAAAAGCGCCACAAUUUAACAUUUGGCAAAUUGGCCGAUGAGCAGCUCAUCGAUCCCUACGUGUCCAUAGAUGUCGACGAGAGUCAUUUCGAUCGCUCGACAACAAGACCAAAGACGUUUGAUCCGGUAUGGAACGAACAGUUCGUCCACGACGUGACCAAUGCGCGCAACAUCAAUUUAACUGUCUUUCAUGAUGCUGCCCUGCCGCCAGAUGAUUUUGUCGCCAACUGCAUCAUACCCUUCGAGGAUCUCAUGCAGAGCGAGUCGGGAGUGCCCGAUCUAUGGAUCAACCUAGAGCCACAGGGCAAAAUCCAUGUCAUUAUCGAGCUGAAGAGCCGCAAUGGUAGGCAUGAGAAUUAUGAUCAAGCCAAGGCCGAUGCCGAAGUCGAGCAGACCGUCGCCGUUAACAAGGAGUUCAAAGAACGCGCCGGAUUCAAUCGACGUCGCGGUGCUAUGCGCCGUCGUGUUCAUCAGGUUAAUGGUCAUAAGUUUAUGGCAACAUUCUUGCGUCAGCCCACCUUCUGUUCACAUUGUCGCGAGUUUAUUUGGGGAAUUGGUAAACAAGGCUAUCAAUGUCAAGUCUGCACAUUAGUUGUACAUAAAAAGUGCCAUCUGUCUGUGGUCUCCAAAUGUCCGGGAAUGCGUGAUGAGCAGCAGGCCAAAGUGGAAGUUGUGCCGGCCGGGCAGCGAUUUAAUGUGAAUGUGCCGCAUCGCUUUGUGGUGCACAGUUACAAGCGAUUCACAUUCUGCGAUCACUGCGGCUCGCUGCUCUACGGACUGAUCAAGCAGGGACUGCAAUGCGAGACAUGCGGCUUGAACGUUCACAAGCGGUGCCAAAAGAAUGUGGCCAACACAUGCGGCAUCAACACCAAGCAAAUGGCCGAGAUACUCAGCUCGCUGGGCAUCUCACCGGAUAAACAGGGCCAGCAGCCCCGACGCUCCAAAUACUUGAGUCAACCGGGUGGCGAGGACAAUUAUGGCGCCUCGUUGGGCGGCGAGGGUGGCGACGCUGCGCCAGGCGCCUCAUUUCGCAGUGGCGCGCUGUCGGCCGACAGUUUGGCCACAUCGACAACCACCUUGACUAGUGGCUACAACAGCAGUAGCUGCAUGAGCUUGGCUGUCGGUGGCGGCGAUUCGCGUCCUGGCAAAUGCUCGCUGCUCGACUUUAACUUUAUCAAAGUGCUCGGCAAGGGAUCGUUCGGCAAGGUGAUGCUGGCUGAGAAGAAGGGCACCGAUGAGAUUUAUGCCAUCAAGGUGCUGAAGAAGGAUGCCAUCAUACAGGACGACGAUGUGGACUGCACAAUGACGGAGAAACGCAUACUGGCCUUGGCCGCCAAUCAUCCGUUCCUUACGGCGUUGCAUUCGUGUUUUCAGACACCGGAUCGUCUGUUCUUCGUCAUGGAAUAUGUGAACGGUGGCGAUCUGAUGUUUCAGAUACAAAAGGCGCGUCGUUUCGAGGCGGCACGUGCCGCCUUCUAUGCGGCCGAGGUGACGCUAGCGCUGCAGUUUCUGCACACCCAUGGUGUCAUCUAUCGCGAUCUGAAGCUGGAUAACAUACUGCUCGACCAGGAGGGACAUUGUAAGCUCGCUGAUUUCGGCAUGUGCAAGGAGGGCAUUAUGAACGGCAUGCUGACCACGACAUUCUGCGGUACACCCGACUACAUUGCACCUGAAAUUCUAAAAGAGCAGGAGUACGGCGCCUCGGUGGAUUGGUGGGCGCUGGGAGUGCUCAUGUAUGAGAUGAUGGCCGGUCAGCCGCCGUUCGAGGCUGACAAUGAGGAUGAGCUUUUCGAUUCGAUUAUGCACGAUGAUGUCCUCUAUCCGGUGUGGUUGUCCCGUGAAGCUGUGUCCAUAUUGAAAGGUUUUCUCACCAAGAAUCCUGAACAGCGACUGGGUUGCACCGGGGAUGAGAAUGAGAUACGCAAGCAUGCAUUCUUCAAUAAACUGGACUGGAAGGAACUGGAGAAGCGCAACAUAAAGCCACCAUUCCGACCUAAAAUGAAAAACCCACGUGAUGCCAACAAUUUCGAUGCCGAGUUUACCAAAGAGGAGCCGGUAUUAACACCCAUUGGCAACGAGGUUAUACGUUGCAUCAAUCAGGACGAAUUCGCUGGAUUCUCGUUUGUUAAUCCCAAGUUUGGGCCAGAGCGCAAGGUGUUCUAAGGCAGAAGAAGAAAGCAACCAUUUUGGAUGAGUGGACAUGCGCUUAACGUUGGCGGGAAAAAUGAACCAGCAAACUGGAUCAGUCGAAAUUUUAAGCACAGGGCAAUUUAUUUGCCGGGUUUUUAAUUAGGUACAGACCUAUGCUAUUCUCUUAGCCUAUUCCUAGCCCUAGCUUAUCCCUAGCACUUGAAACUUAAACUUGAUGAACUCUGCUUCCGUUGAUAAUUUUACGAACGCUUUAUUGUUGUCUGUUUCCAGUUGUCGUCUUUAUCUUUAUUUCGUUUUAAGUUAUCUGUUGGAAUUUACAAAAAGCGUAGCUCUAAAAUAACAAAAAACAAAAAAAAAAAAAAACAUAAAUCACAAACUAAAAUGCAAAUGAAAAAGAGAAGCAGAAUCAGAAGCUGAGAAUUGCAAGUUAUAUAGUAUAUACACAACACACACACACACACGUACGAAACACACAUGUAGGUAGAGAAAUGGAUUGUAUUCUACUGCAAAACUACAACAAAUAAUCAGAGAACGCGUAGAGAUUCCUACAUCGUCGUCAUCUGCGACCAGUGCCAAUAAACAAACAAACUUUACUAUAAACUGUAUACAUACACACAUGCACAAACCAAACAAACAAUCAAACACAGACACACACACAAAUAGGAGUUAAAGAAUUUUGUUUAUUGUUUAUAUAUUUUAUUUUUCUAUCUGCACUGUCUGUUGUCCGCCAACAACAAAAAUGAUCCCAUCGCUUUUGCUAGUGUUAAAUGCUCAAAGCGUCUCGAAGCAAGGCGCCACUUUUGCAGAUUAUUACUAUUACCCCCCUAUAUAGUAUAUCCCUUUAACAUUAUUAUUGUAUUGAUUGCCAAAAUAAGCCCCUGAUCUAGUCAAUGUUAUUGCAAAUGCUGCGCCAUGCUAUUUGUUAUUAGUUUUUUAUUUAUUAAUGUGUCGAAUCUCAAGUUUUCGCACUUAAAUGCAGACAACAUCGCAAAACAGCGCUAUCCCUAAACCAAUAGCACUUUCUCCUAUGCGAAUCUCAAGAGAAUGUCACAAUAGUCCAACAAAAAGAAAAUGAAAGAAAAAAAAAACAAAUUUGUACACAGAUACAACACACACACACAAAAGAAACACACGAAGAAAAUAUGAAAAAUAUUAGCCAAGUUAAAGCGUAUUCGAACUCUUGCACAAUUUCCUUCUCAAGUAUUAAAGCGAUAUUAUUUUAAAAUUAACUUAUUGUUAUACAUACAAACAUAAUAUUAAUACAACAAAAUAAAGCCAAAAAUAAAUACAUACACAUACACGAACAAAAACACACACAUAAAUACAUACGUACAUUCAUACGGACACAAACUUUUGAGCUAAACAAAUGCAGAAAUUUAAACAAUAAAAACUAAGUGAAUGAAACUAAGCUUAGUCAUAACAAGAGAACAAAACAGAAAAACCAAAAAAAAAAACCAAAAAACAAAACAUUUUAAAUUCAUAAAUAUAUAUACAUAUAUAUUUUAUGGAAGAAAACAAACAAAUUAUAAAUACAUUCAAAUGCAAAAUGUGUUUAGCCCGUAAGUUGGAGAAAGUAUAAUAUGUCAGUAAAGUAACAAUGUAAUGAUAUAUUUGUAUAUGUAUGUGUGUAUAUAUAUAAAUGGAGUAAUGAAAGUACGUAGAUGUAUUUGAAUUAUAUAUAUACACAUAUGUAUAUGCACAAAUAGAAUAAAAAUAUAGUAUACUUAUGUGGAAUAUGCAGUUAAAACUGCUGAUGAACAAACCAAGAACAAAAACAAAUGAAUGCAGAAACCGAUGAAGUUUACAAUGUAUGUAAUAAUACCAAUAUUAAACAAUUAUAAUAAAUAUAUAUGUGUUGAUUUUAAAACCAAAGACUCAAACAACAAAUACGAUUUGCAAACAAAGAUAGCAUACAAAACAAUAACAAUAACAAACUGAAAACAAAACAUUGCAGCAAACACAGUGCAGUGUGGCAUCGAAAUUUGUUACAACAAGAAUAAUGAAAAUAAUGAUUUAAUGUGUUUGAUUGAUUUGUAUGUCAAUCACAUUGAAUUAAAUGGCAUUGUCAUUUGUUUUUGAAUUUUGUUUUAAUGUUGAUUUGAGAGCAACUAUAAAAUUGACUUUUUAAAAUGUACUACACAAUUCUUGUGCUGCAUUUACAGGAGCGCAAAUCGAUUGCCGAAUACUAAGUUUGAUAAAUUUGUAUGGAAAAACAAAAACCGCUAAACAAAAAUGGCAGUAUAGAACAAAUUACUAACUGUAAGCAACAUUGUUAACUAAACAAAUGAAAAACAUAAAGAAACUUUGUAUGUAAUGAUAACAAAACCCAAUGUGUAAUAAUAAUAAUAAUAAUAAUAUUAAUAUUUAUGAAAUAGCAAGCAGAGCGCUAGCGCUAGUUACCCAUUUAAAUGUUAACCUCAAGUAUUCUCAAAAGCGCAUUUUACUAAACCAAAAUGAAGACAGGACAAGGUCAAAUGCAAACCAUAUAUAUGAAAACCAGAAAACCAAAAAAAAAAUAAAUAAACAAAUAAAAGUAAAAUUAAAACUAAAAAACAAAUGAUAUAUACAUAGAUAUAUACAUACAUGUACAUGUAAAAAGAAAUACGACAAUGCCGUUAUUUACAUACGCAUCCAGCCAGCAUACAUAUGUAUUUACAUUAGUUUAUAUCUAUGAAUCGCCUCGCUCGAGGAACAAGCAAACAAAAUACAAAAUACAAAAAAAAAUAAUUGUUGGUUGUUACCGAACUUGAAAGGCAGCAGCUGCAUCGCAUUGUGAAAUAAGAUACAAACACAAACACAAAAACAAAACAAACAAAAUGUAACGCGUAACCUGAAUAAAAACUAAAAGCAAAACGUACACAAAAAAGAGUUAAAAACAGAAUGUUAGCUGUAAGACCAUUUAAAAUAUUUUCAAAUAACCGCCGUCACGGCCAACUGUAGAGCCUAGUUGUCCUAAAUUGUAACGCAUUGUUUUGUCUGGCUAAUUAAUUAAUGCAUUAACAACAACAACAAAUACCAUUCGAGUGCACGCUCAUCCUACAGCAAACCUCUUUAAUAUUAUCUACAUUCAUACAUACUACUAUAUAUACCAGGCCGAUCUGAUCGACGAUCAAAUUCAAACAGUUUUAAGGCCAACAAACAGCUUUAAGAGUUUUCAAAUCAAUAAUUGGCAAUUGCUGUGUCUCAUCUUAAGAAUUUUGCCAUAUUAACGUGAGAAAAAUAACUUGAAUAACUUUCUACAAGCAGAAGAAGUGCGAAGUAUUCUAUCUCAUCACUAUUAAGAUACUACAAUGCAUACACAGUCACAUGCCACGCCUACAAAUACACCUUUUCAUGUACCUUCUUCAAUUUAGAUUCUAUAAAUAGACAACAUUUAAAAGUAAAAACCAAAAUAUAAAAGAAAUUGAAAAGAAAUGCAAAAAAUUAAAUCGUUAACUGAUGUAAGACAAACAAAAACGCAGAAAAUAGAAACUACUCACUGAAAGAAUAUUGAACUAAAGAAAAGAACAAAGUAUUUAAACACAUAAAAUUAUAUUGAGAAGAAAAACCAAAACGUAUAAAUAAUAUUUAAGUUAUGUUUAAAGAGAAUGGAUAAAUAAGCUACAAAGAAAAGUCAAAAGUCAACAGUUGAUAUGUUGUAAAAAAAAAAAACAAACAAAAAAAAUGAACUAAGGGAAGACAGUGAGUGUUAUUCAAGCAACUAAAUAAA